GUCUUUUACAAACACUCGCACAGAGUUGAAGAUAGGGGUUUUGGAUGUAUAGAACUGUGUUACAAGAGACUCCUUUACUGCUUUAUGAAACAGAGGGACUGGCUUUCUGACUGUCUAUAAAAUUCCUUUAGUGCACUCUGGCACUGGGAACAGGAACAGCUUUCCUGUCAUUCAGGAUACACACACACACAGUAUUCCGGACAUCAUGCCUCUGGGAUCUGGCUGUGGGAAACUUGGAGGGGGAGUGUUCAAAGGUGGAGCAGAAGUCUGAGCUUGUGGGACAGGAUUGAACAGAAGUGGAUGUUUGAUGGUUUCACUAUGGAUUGGAUUUGAUCACGACAAAAUCCACGAGGACUUCAGUAGAUGUGAGUGACUGCAAGAGGGCUCUUAAGUGAAGGUUGCGAUAAACAGUCGCACUCCAUGAGAACUUUGCCAGGAGUUUAUCUGCACUGAUACCAGAUUCAAGAGGACUUGUUUUCAGUGCUGCUGAGAUAUCUCGUUGUUGGUGGGCCUCAGAGUGGAAACCAGCACCAUGGCUGGGGUCACUAGGAAGGGAUCUGGAAGACCCUCAUACUACUACAGAUUCCUUGGCAAGUCCCGACUGCAGCGUCAGCGAAGCCGGUCUCGCAGCCGCACCAGGCCAUCUGCCAGCAGGGAGUCUCCUCCAGAGAGGACAGGACGCCGACGCAGCAUGCCAGGCAGCUCCUCAGACAAGACCACACCCACCAUGGAGGCUACGUCCACUGCUGCCACACCUUUCCGAGUCACCGUGAGUACUGGCUUUCUAAGUCGACGGCUGAAGGGCUCGAUAAAACGCACCAAGAGUCAACCCAAACUUGACCGCAACUCCAGCUUUAGACACAUCCUUCCUGGCUUCAGGAGCGUUGACAAUGACAGAUCUCAUCUGAUGCCAAGGCUGAAGGAGUCUCGCUCCCAUGAGUCAUUGCUCAGCCCCAGUAGCGCUGUGGAAGCCCUGGACCUAAGUAUGGAGGACGAGGUUGUCAUCAAGCCUGUUCACAGCAGCAUCCUCGGGCAGGACUACUGCUUUGAGGUCACCACCUCCACAGGAAGCAAAUGUUUUUCCUGUCGUUCAUCAGCCGAGAGAGACAAAUGGAUGGAGAAUCUGAGGAGAGCAGUACAACCCAACAAGGACAACAGUCGUCGGGUGGAAAACCUGCUGAAGCUGUGGAUCAUCGAGGCAAAGGACUUGCCGGCCAAAAAGAAAUACUUCUGCGAGCUUUGUCUGGAUGACUCACUCUACGCCCGCACCACCUGUAAACUCAAGACUGACAAUGUCUUCUGGGGAGAGCACUUUGAGUUCAAUAACCUGCCUCCUGUCAAGAGCAUCACGGCCCACCUCUACAAAGACACAGACAAGAAGAAAAAGAAAGAUAAAAACAAUUACAUUGGACUUGUCAAUAUCCCCGUCGCAGCUGUUACCGGACGACAGUUUGUUGAGAAGUGGUAUCCAGUCAGCACACCCAACCCCCCGAAGGGCAAGACAUCUGGGCCUAUGAUUAGGAUCAAAGCACGCUAUCAGAGUAUGAACAUCCUUCCUAUGGAGAUGUACAAGGAGUUUGCAGAGUACACCACCAAUAACUACAUGCUGCUAUGCUCAGUGCUUGAGCCCGGGAUUAGCGUCAAGAACAAGGAGGAGAUGGCGUGUGCACUGGUCCACAUUCUACAGAGCACUGGCAAGGCCAAGGACUUCCUCACAGACCUGAUGAUGUCCGAGGUGGAUCGCUGCGGGGAGAAUGAGCACCUCAUCUUCAGAGAGAACACACUAGCGACAAAGGCCAUAGAGGAAUACCUCAAACUGGUGGGACAGAAGUACCUGCAGGACGCCCUCGGUGAGUUCAUCAAGGCUCUGUAUGAGUCAGAUGAGAACUGUGAGGUGGAUCCGUCCAAGUGUUCGUCAGGUGACCUGCCAGAACACCAGAGUAACCUGAAGAUGUGCUGCGAGCUGGCGUUCUGCAAAAUCAUCAACUCAUACUGCGUCUUUCCACGAGAACUAAAGGAGGUUUUUGCGUCAUGGCGGCAGGAAUGCAGCAACCGGGGUCGACUAGACAUCAGCGAGCGUUUGAUCAGCGCGUCCUUGUUCCUGCGGUUUCUCUGUCCAGCCAUCAUGUCACCCUCACUUUUCAAUUUGAUGCAGGAGUAUCCCGAUGACCGCACAGCACGUACGCUCACACUCAUCGCUAAAGUCACCCAGAACCUGGCAAACUUCACCAAAUUUGGUAACAAGGAAGAGUACAUGUCCUUCAUGAACCAGUUCCUGGAGCACGAGUGGACCAAUAUGCAGCGCUUCCUGCUCGAAAUUUCGAACCCAGAGACAAUCUCUAACACGGCAGGCUUUGAGGGGUACAUCGACCUUGGCAGAGAACUCUCCACCCUGCACUCUCUCCUCUCUGAGGUGGUGUCCCAGAUGGACCAGGGCGCAGCCUCCAAGCUGGGUCCUCUGCCCAGGAUCCUGCGGGAAGUGAACACAGCUCUAUCUAACCCAUCCAGUGUCCAGAUGACAACUGGACAGUCCACAGAGCAUAUGGGUUCGCCUCCCGCUGAGCCCAGUUGCAGCAUCUCCACCGGCCUGCAAAAGAUGGUUAUAGACAAUGACCUUUCAGGAUUAGUUGACUUCACCAGGUUACCCUCCCCUACCCCAGAAAAUAAGGACCUAUUCUUUGUGACAAGGAGCUCAGGGAUCCAGCCUUCCCCAGCACGCAGUUCGAGCUACUCUGAAACCAAUGAACCUGACCUGGGCAUGUCCAAUGGCAGCAAGAGUCUGUCCAUGGUGGACCUCCAGGACCCCCGCAGUCUGGAAGGGGGCCCAAGUCCCAGCUCUGCAGAUGCCCUGGGUGAAGGCCCAGCCUCUGGUGGAGGCUGGUCGGGCAGGGUCCCACAAGGCAACAUCCCUGGAGGUCCCACCCUGAGGAGGCCAGGUCAGACCCCCACCACCCUGGGCACAGAAAGCACCCCAGGCCGACCCGCCCAGCUACUAGCCCCCCUGUCCUUCCAGAACCCAGUCUACCAGAUGGCAGCCUGCCUGCCCGUGUCCCCUCGUGGAAUGACCGACUCGGGCUCAGAGUGCCACAGUUCUGUUAGUUCCCAUAGCAACAAUGAGGACGGACCAGCAGGAGGGAAGCAUGCCUUCUUGAACCACGGAGGAGGAGGAGGAGGAGGAGGAGGAGGUGGUGGUGGUGGAGGUGGGGGGAGCAGUGGGGACGAGUACACCAGGCGUUCAGGGGAGUUCAACCGCCGACAGCUGUCCCUCACAGAAACACAGCACCAGCCCACCGUCCCCAGACAGAACAGUGCCGGCCCUCAGCGAAGGAUAGACCAGCCUCCGCCUCAGAGUAUUACUCGGGGCCGCACACCCCCGAAUCUGCUCAGUGGACCUUACCCACGACCCUCCUCUGGCAACAUGAUGACAUCAUCACCCGACUGGCCUGGCAGCGGCGCUCGAUUACGACAGCAGUCCUCUUCCUCCAAAGGCGAGAGUCCUGAGACUAAGCAGAGGGCUCAGCACAAACAGGCCCCUUCCCCAGUGAACCCCAGUGCGCUGGACCGCACAGCAGCCUGGCUAUUGAAUAUGAAUGUGCAGUAUUUAGACCAUGAGGGGAUGGAGCCCGAGUCACUGAGAAACAGAGAGGAUCUGACUCAGGUGGAGAAGUACCAGCAGGAGAUCGCGGUGCUGCAAGAGAAGCUGCGGGCGUCUGUGCAGAAGCUGGAGGAGUACGAGGCCCGUCUGAAGGGUCAGGACGAACAAGCCCAGAAGGUGCUGAUGGAGUACCAGGCCAGGCUGGAGGAGUCGGAGGAGCGCCUGCGCAGACAGCAGGACGACAAGGACCUCCAGAUGAAGGGCAUCAUCAGCAGGUUAAUGUCGGUGGAAGAGGAGCUAAAGAAGGAUCACUCAGACAUGCAGGCAGUGGUAGACUCCAAACAGAAGAUCAUCGAUGCACAGGAGAAGCGCAUAGCAUCGUUGGAUGCUGCCAACGCCCGUCUGAUGAGCGCUCUGACCCAGCUGAAGGAGCGCUACAGCAUGCAGACCCGCAACGGCAUCUCCCCCACCAACCCCACCAAACUGCAGAUUACUGAAAACGGAGAGUUUAGGAACAGCAGCAAUUGCUAGACAGACUGGUACCUGCCCAGUGUGAGUGUCGAGUGCCUGGUGUGUACAGUUAUUCAACGAGAGGACGUCUACACGCAUGCAUGGAUGCAUGCCUGUUCGAAAGACUGCGAGGAUGAGCGCGUGUUUUUAAAAGCAGACAUACUACUUCUUGGAAGACAUCUCCACUUUUUAGUCAUCACUCCAAAGGGGGGGGUUAGCCGGAAGAGGCGUGACCUCAGCGUGACGGAAAGAUCACCCAGAGAAUAAGAUCACCAGACGGCCUUCGAUACGAGGGCGGCGGUCGGAGGAGGCGGGGCGGAGCUUGUACAUAAACUCACAAACUCAAAGCUGUCCAUCAGUUAAACACAUUGCCAGUGGAUGUACGCAGCCGCCGGGACAAUUCAAGACCCCGCCUAAAGCCUGGGACGAACCACUAUAUAACCACACACAGUGACGACCACCUGACACGGUCACCCUAGCAACCCUCCUCUCUCUCUCUCUCUCUCUCUCUCUCUCUCUCUCUCUCUCUCUCUCUCUCUUAUCCUUCUCCCUCUCGACGACCAAGUGGACCCACUUAAAAACAAUAACACGCAUUGAGGAUUAUCACUUUAGUUGUCCUGGGAGGAUUACGUUCUAGUGCUUUAUUUUAAAGUCAUUUCUAAAGAACCAAAUAGGAGCUGAAAAAGAAUGAUAUUUUUAGUCCAAAAUAAUCUUCUUUACGUCCCUUUUAUGUCCCCCUCACUUCUUGGGUGUGUUCCUGAGCGUCCCGCCUUCCCCCCUCCCCUCCCUCCGCCAUCCCUAUGUAGUGCACUUUGUGAAAAGCUAUUGGUACAUGAAACGCCUUAAGUAAGGAACACACCUCGACUUUAUCCCACAGCUCCCCCAUUUCUGCAAAAAAAAAAAAAAAAAAAAAAAGCACAACUUAUACUGUGGAUUUGUAAAGGAUACAAAAAUAAAUUGUACACACUUAAAUAUAUUAUGAAGACUAAAGUAAAUGAAUUCUAUGUGAUACUAUAUUAAUUAAAUUUAAUAUAGAUGUAUGCAUUACUUUCUUUUUCUUCUAUAGAGUAUACACACAUAUCUAUAUCUAUAUUUGAUAAUCUCAAAUAUUAAAGCAGCCCUUUAUUUAGGAGUGAGAUCUAGUUUUAUUUUUCUUCUCUUGCGAUGAAAGACUGUAGUGUGUAGCGUGCUUUAGAGCCCUGGAGAAGGAGACCACACGGAGCAGUGAUCAGCACCAGUCAUCCGUCAAAUCUCCGCUCGCUCCACCCUUUAUAUACAGUACGUACCGCAUUGGAGAAAAAACGUCUGUGCAGUGGUUCUAAAAAAGCUCCGGCGUAGCUCGCACAACUUGCACAGUCAGACGAUCGGUUCUCAUUCUGGUGCUUGUCAUUGCUCUUAGAGACACAGAUCAGUUUAACCCCCCCACCCACACACACACACACACAGUUUUUGGUUUGAUCUUGAGUCACAUGCGGUGGUCUCCGCUCUCUAGUAGCACAAGAGCUAUUGAGAGAUGUGUUCAAAGACACUCCUUCAUACUAUACACUGGACCGGUGAGCCAUUGUAAUAGUGGCCUCCUUACUUACAAACAUUUUCUCUCUAACUGCUUUGUUUGUCAGUGGUAAUGAAGUAUGCUGCAUCCAAACUGUGACUCUAUUAGUGGCAUCAUCGCUCUACUCUUUUUUUUUUUUCUCAACUCGCCUCCACCCUCCUUCAUCCCUCGUUCUUCUGAAUGUGAAGUUGCUCACUGACAGUCGGUCUCAACAUGGGGGUUUUGGUCCUUCUAACCUCUCCCGGCAUCGCUCUCAUUGCGCCAUACCCCCCACCCCCCCCAGCAUCUGUAUUUUGUAUAUUUUUGUAUUCAUAUUUUUUUUUCUUUCUUACCUGUAACCGUCUGCACACAUCCAGGUGUGAGGCUCUGCAUGCUUCAUCCUCGCCCUAGAGCCGAUGGUAGCGUCAGUGCCACCAUUUGUUUUUUCUUUUGUUGCCAAUUGGAAGGUGAUGAUGAUGAUGAUGAUGAUGAUGAUGAUGAUGAAGAUGAUGAUGAUGAUGAUGACAAAUGGCUUGCUGCAGACAUAUACAGUGAAUAUGUGAUAACGUGGUGCAUCAAGAGGCUGGACAGCCUGGGAAAGUGUAAAUAAAAUGCUCACACUAUUUUUACCUAAUGUUAACAGAGCUUUUUGUAAAUGUAUCUUGUGCUCAAACUCUGCUGUAUCAUUAUGGAUAUUGUAAAUACAAAAUAGCUCAGUCAGUCAUCUGUCUUCAUUGGGUAGAACUAUACAAUUAAAUUAACCUGUCAGUGUUCUCCCUGUUAAAGCUAUUGUUUUUUGUAUUAAGAGUUUAAUAUCACUAGCCAAAAAAAAAAAAAAACUGAUUAAGUAGGAGUUUGACUCUUGGGAAGUUGCGGAGGAUGCCUCGUUGGUUUAAGGCCAAGCUGAGUCCAGUCUCAAUGAGAUUCACAAGCACAAUCCUGUAUUUCUCAUCAGUCUAGCUCUAUGCACUUUUAUGUUCAGUGGUUAGUGUUUAUAAUUAGCUAUUUCUUUUUUGUUUGUUUUUUUAGCACGGCACCUGUUUCAGGUGUUAAAAAAUGUGGCAAGUACAAAACCGCAGAAAGGGAUUUUUUGGUAUAUCUCAUUCACAAACCGUGAAAACUUUUUCCUGUUUGAAUAUAAAGAUAAUCUUAAAAAAACUCUCUUUAUCAUAUCUUACCAGGCAUUUCAGUCCUAAACCAAUAUUCUCCAACUGCAAAUAUUAAAGCGAGACUGUGUUACUUUAGACGAAAUAAUACAUUCUGUAUCUUACAAAUGAAUAGUUGAAUUCAUAAGCAAUAACACAAACUAUUGCUUAAUUCAAUACACUCUGAAGUUUUACUGUUAACUUAAUGCCUUAAUGCUUCUCGGCCUGUUUGGACCAGAAGUCUUUGGUGGCUAAUGUUAGCAAACAUUAGCAAAUUUUAGGUCCUUUUGCUGUAAAAAGGCACAUUACUGAUAGAGUUUGCUGAUUAUGCGUCUUCUCCACUUGUGCUAUUGUUACAAUAGCGUAGCAUUUUAUCUAAAUGGUAAACUACUGUUUGGGUAUAUAGUUCUACUGUUUAGCAUUUACACAAGCUAAACAAUGGGAAAUGUCGAUGCUAACCUUAUAGCCUUACUUAGUAGCUUUUGGUGGCUAAGAUUAGCUAAUGUUUGCCAAUUUUAGAUACAUUUUGCUGUAUAAGGCUCGUUACUGAUUCAAUUCACUGACUUUAUGACUCUUCUGCACUUUUGUUACUGUUUCAAUAGCUUUUCAUUUUAGCUAGACCCUUAGCUGAAUGCUAAACCGUUGCUAAAUUGUAAACCACAGUUUAGCAUUUAGCUAAAGCAGUAGUUUAGUGUAAUAUGCGUUUAGCAUUUAGCAAUGGCAGUUGUUCAGCAAAAGUUGCAUCGUCUCGCUUUAAACUGUAGUGUACUACAAUAAAAGUUACUGAUAUAAAGUUGUCCUGUAAGCCGCAUCAGUACAUGUAAAAAAAAAAAAAAAAUUGAAGACACUAAUAUUUGGUUUCUAAUUUGACGUCUCAGCUAUCGGUUCAUUUAUCCCAUCCAUGUUCCCACCUCAGUUUGAAUUUUCGGAGUCAGAAAACCGUGAGCUCACUCUUCACACAGUUCAGCCAGUCCGACAAAAGAUCAAUCAAAAUAUAAAGCUAUAAAUAAAGUAAAAGAUGUUGUAUGUUUUCUAUUAUCUUGUAGAAAAUACUUUUGUAAGUAUGUUGAAAGUAUAAAGUAUUUGCUGGAUUCUGCUUCCUUUGACGACAGUGACAAAACAAUAAUGUACAGAGGAAUUUGUGUUGACAAAAUGUGGCUGUGCAAUUUAUGUACAUUUGCAACUAGACCUAUUAAAGUUUUAUUUAGCUAUUUUAAAA